UGCCGAUCAAUCCAGUGGUCCCUCCAGAGGGGCUGGGGCUGCUAAGAGAGUGUGGGGGAUCUGAUCUGAGCUGCCUUCACAUAAUUGUUUCUGGAAGAAGAAGAAGAAGACAACUCAGUCCACAAGGAAAUACACAGAGAUCAUCAAACCAAUGGGUGAUGGAUCAUAUGGUUUAGGGUAGCUAGCAAACGUACGUUUCUCAGGGAAAAAAAGUUGCAUAAGAGAAAAGGAUGGAAAAGACAGACAUGUCUGAGAAGAUACUGGUUCUGGUGAGAUUGAGGCCCCCAAACGAGAAAGAGAUUGCCGCUAACGAACCUACGGAGGAUUGGGAAUGUCUGAAUGAUACCACCCUUUUGUACAGAAGAAACACCUUCCGCCAACCCUCCAACUUUCCUUCUGCUUAUUCUUUUGAUAGAGUAUACGGAGGUGAGUGUCCCACCAGACAAGUUUACGAGAAUGGAACCAAGGAUAUCGCUCUUUCUGUUGUCAAAGGAAUCAAUUGUAGUAUUUUUGCGUACGGCCAGACGAGUAGUGGAAAGACGUACACCAUGUCUGCGAUUACUGAGUUUGCUGUGGCUGACAUUUUUGACUAUAUUUUUCAGCAUGAAGAAAGGGCAUUUUCCGUGAAAUUCUCAGCUAUAGAGAUCUACAAUGAAGCCAUUCGAGAUUUGCUUAGCUCCGAUGGUGCAUCCCUUAGGCUACGAGACGAUCCUGUGAAAGGGACAGUGGUUGAAAAAGCCACAGAGGAAACUCUGCGAGACUGGAACCAUCUCAAGGACCUUCUUUCUGUUUGUGAAGCACAACGUAAGAUUGGUGAAACCUCAUUGAAUGAGAGAAGUUCCAGAUCUCAUCAGAUUAUCAGACUGACGGUUGAAAGCUCGGCUCGUGAGUUCUUAGACAAAGAAAACUCCACCACCCUCAUGGCCAGUGUGAAUUUCAUAGAUCUGGCGGGAAGCGAGCGUGCAUCACAGGCGAUGUCAGCUGGUGCGAGACUCAAGGAAGGCUGCCAUAUCAACCGAAGUUUGCUUACUCUUGGAACUGUCAUUCGUAAACUUAGUAAGGGAAGAAGGCAAGGAGCGCACAUCAACUUUAGAGACUCGAAGCUGACACGAAUUCUACAGCCAUGCUUGGGGGGUAAUUCAAGAACCGCCAUCAUCUGCACUCUGAGCCCAGCGAGGAGUCACGUAGAGCUAACGAGGAACACUCUCUUGUUUGCUUGCUGUGCAAAGGAAGUUACCACAAAGGCUCGGAUCAACGUCGUUAUGUCAGACAAGGCCCUGCUGAAGCAACUACAGCGUGAGCUUGCCAGGCUCGAGACCGAGCUGAGAACCCCUGCCACGGCCACGCCUGCCUCUAAAUGUGAUUGUGCGAUGACGGUGAGGAAGAAAAAUCUUGAGAUUCAAAAGAUGGAAAAGGAAAUGACCGGGUUGAGAGAAGAGAGAGAUCUUGCCCAAUCCCGGCUUGAAGAUAUCAUGAGAAUGGUUGCACACGAUGAGUCUGGAACUCCGCAGAACAUAGACAAGUGGGAGGAUGGUUCAGUGUCACAGACAUCAGGCGUGAUCGAUUUAGAGAGGAGCGGAAUGUCAAUAACAAGAGCUUAUGUUGGGUCUCCCUCUGACUAUGAUGAAGAAAUUCCUACGCGUUCAGAAGAUCCAUCAGAAGAAUAUUGCAGAGAAGUUCAGUGCAUUGAGAUUGAGGAAUCAGCUACCGUCAACCACAAAGACCGAAAAAGAGCAGAGCCUAACAGUAGUGAGGAUGCUAAUAAUAGUGAAACGAGUGUAGGCCACAACGUGAGGUUGAGAAGCUGGACGAGGACUCCACCUGAAAACCUAGGGACAGAGUUCCUGGGAAGACCAGAAGAAGAAAGAGUGUUGUUUUCUGGUUUAGAGUGUGUGUCAAGGAAUGAUUCGCUGUCUUCUUGCGGGAGCGAUUCCACUGCCACUCAGAGCAUCAGAACGCCCUUGGGAGAAGAGGGAGGAGGUAUUACUAGCAUCCGGACUUUCGUUGAUGGUCUUAAGGAAAUGGCUAAGCUUCAAGGCCAGGUUUCGAUUGCUGGUAAAAUGCGGAGGGAUAUUGGUCUGGUCAUGGAAUUUGAGAGACAGCGACAAGAGAUUCUGGAGCUAUGGCAAACCUGUAACGUCUCUUUGGUGCAUAGAACAUACUUCUACUUGCUCUUCAAAGGAGAUGAUGAUGAGGCGGAUUCAAUCUACAUUGGAGUUGAGCUAAGAAGACUUUUGUUUAUGAAAGAUCGCUUCUCUCAUGGAAACCAAACUUUGGAAGUAGGAGAAACCUUAACACUGGCCUCAAGCCGGAAGGCGCUUCACAGGGAGAGAAUGAUGCUGAGCAAGCUUGUUGGGAAAAGGUUUUCAGGAGAAGAGAGGAGAAGAAUCUAUCACAAGUUUGGGAUUGCCGUCAACUCCAAACGCAGGCGUUUACAGCUUGUGAACGCGCUGUGGAGCAAUCCCAAGGACAUGAGUCAGGUUGUGGAGAGCGCAGAUGUUGUAGGGAAGCUUGUGAGGUUCGCUGAGCAAGGGAGAGCCAUGAAGGAGAUGUUUGGUCUGGCCUUCACGCCUCCUUCCUUCUUGACAGCUCAGAGAUCACAUAGCUGGAGAAAAAGCAUGCCUUCGCUUUUCUAACCCAUCUAUCUCCGUUUUAACCAUUUGAAAUUUUAAUACUUUCGUGUUACUUGCAGCAGUGUGUAUAUGUAAUCUUCUUUGUGUCUUUUCCGUUUUAUUCUGAAGGAGACAAAGUUGUGAUAUGUUUUUAAUCAAAAUUGUUAUUUGGCAUUGUGUUAAGGAAAAACUCAUUACAAGAGGUAGUAAAAGAUU